UGCGCUAUAGAUUCAGGGAGGCGGGCCCCGUGGCUUCGCAAGAGGGGCGGAAGUGCGACGUGACAUCCUUGCAGUCUUGUGAAUCAGUUCACUGUGCAGACAUGAGGUCCCCCCUGGUGGCACCUCUUCUUCUCUCCCUGCUCCUGGCAGCAGGAAGUAAUGCCACAGGGGAAGAGGUGGACAGGAGGCCCAACUUUGUCCUGAUGAUGGUGGACGACCUGGGUAUCGGUGACGUAGGGUGCUAUGGUAAUGAUACCAUCAGGACACCUAACAUAGACAGACUGGCUUCUGACGGGGUGAAGCUGACUCAACACAUUGCAGCUGCUCCUCUCUGCACCCCGAGCCGGGUGGCUUUCAUGACAGGGCGUUAUGCGCUCCGCUCAGGAAUGGGUAGCACAGGCCAUGUGCAGGUGCUGUUGUUCCUCGGAGGUUCGGGGGGGCUUCCACCAAGUGAGAACACGUUCGCUAAGAGGCUGCAGCAGCGAGGAUACACCACCGGCCUAGUGGGUAAGUGGCACUUGGGUGUGAACUGUGAACACAGAGGGGAUCACUGUCAUCACCCGAACCAGCAUGGCUUCAGCUACUUCUACGGCCUGCCGUUUACCCUAUUCAAUGACUGUGUGCCUGGAGAGGGGAGUGAUAUCCUGGCAGGCCUCCAGCACACACUCCGAAAUAUGAUCAUUAUUCUUGGAGUUGGACUUUUCACACUGGCGUGUGUCCGUGUGUGUGGCCUCCUUGAAGUCAGCCUGUGGCUCCUGGUAGCACUUUUCUUUCUCACUAUCCUGGCAACCGCUGUGUGGUAUGUGCCCUUUAAACUCCUGCCAACCUGGAACUGCAUCAUCAUGAGGAACCAAGAAGUGAUCGAACAGCCGAUGACAGUGGAGACGCUGCCCCAGAGGUUGCUGGGAGAAGCCCAAAAUUUCAUAAAGAAGAAUGUUGAUAGUCCAUUCCUCCUGUUCUUCUCAUUGGCCCAUAUCCACACGCCACUCUUCAAAACCCCUGCCUUUGCUGGCAAAAGUAACCAUGGUCGCUACGGUGACAACCUAGAAGAAGUGGACUGGAUCAUCGGUAAAUUGACAGAGACGGUGGACUCCCUCGGACUAGCCAACAAUACUCUGAUGUACUUUACAUCCGACCAUGGUGGACACCUAGAAGAUGCUGACUCAAUAACCGGCCAGAAAGGAGGCUGGAACAGCAUCUAUAAAGGAGGGAAGGCUAUGGGGGGCUGGGAGGGUGGGAUAAGAGUACCUGGUAUUUUCCGCUGGCCUGGCAGAUUGGCAGCUGGGAGAGUAGUAGACGAACCCACUAGUCUUAUGGACCUGUACCCUACGCUGAAGUAUUUAGCAAAGGACACGCAACCAGACAGACAUUUAGAUGGCUAUAACCUCAUGCCACUGUUAGAGGGGAAAGUAGAGCGAUCAGAGCACGAAUUCAUGUUCCACUACUGCGGCAUCUACCUCAACGCAGUUCGCUGGCACCCACCUGGCAAUGACUCUGUCUUCAAAGUGCACUUUUUCACUCCCAACUUCUCUCCCCCGGGAGCUGGUGGAUGCUAUGACACUAAGAUCUGUCAAUGUCACGGAGAACAUGUGACGCACCACAAUCCACCGCUGUUGUAUGACAUUUUCCACGACCCUUCUGAGUCGCACCCACUGACCCCUGAUACUGAGCCGCGAUAUGCCGAAAUCCUCGAGCAGAUUGCCAAAGCUGUGGAGAGGCAUCGCAGUACCCUCACAGACCAACAGACGUCUGAUGAUACUCAUUCACACACCAACGCUGAUGUGCUCGGCGUUCAAAGCCAGAUGACGUGGGACAAGAUUAUUUGGAGACCCUGGCUUCAGCCCUGCUGCGGGACCUUUCCAUUCUGUGGCUGCACAGAGGACACUGCGCAUAUUUAGAAGAAAAAUGCCCCCUGACACUUUAAAAAAGUUAAAGAGACUUUUAAAAUAAAAGGAGCUUGGGCUUGAGUAAGCUCACGGUGCAUUCGGGUGCUUUUACCAUUCCAGGUGUUCAGAGCAUUUCAAAGAUGUGACAUGAAAAGGUUUGGCUUACAGACUUGGUGUUAAAACUGUCCUGCCAUGCUUUUCUGGAUUUCCAAUAGCACACAUCCUGCACUGAGAAGCUUUGUUUAAUCCAAAAUUCAAAAUGAUUGUACAAUGCAAUUAAUUGUAUUGUAACUAAUACUGAAAUCGAAGCAACAGCCAUAUCAUUUAGUGAAAUCAAUAUAAACAAUAACACAAUAAAUUAAGUCAGACAAAUUAAUUAAAAUACUAUUGGAACCGAUCAAAAAUUAAAUGAAGAUUAAACAAUGUACUGACUGCAUUAUGCCUGUGGCCAGUGCAAUAUUACAGUGUACAUACUGAGUGCAGUGUAGUCAGAAAAAAACCGAAACACACCUGAAGGGUAAGUCUGUCGGUUACAUGUGUCAUUUGUGAAAUGAAGGAUCUGUUCAGCUGACUCUCUGAAGAAAAAUGUCAGCAGUGCUUGAUACAAUAAAAAGGUUACUUUGCUUGUGUUUCGGUUACUGUACCUGCAUUCAAACUUAUAGUGAGGUAAGUGUAAUAUUUGUGAUGGCCCUCUCUUUCCUUAAAGUAGCUAAUUCAGUCCAAAUUUCAGUUAAGUGAGACUGAAAGCAGAGGUAAAAUUCCUCAGGAAGUUGAGUUAGAGUGUGAGCCAUUAGGGGGCAGAGUCAGACUGUGUUUGGGAAGAUGAAUAGCUGUACUG